AUGUCGAACGCAGGUUUAAAAACAAUCAUUGCGUUGUCCUUCGUGCUCGCUGUUGGAUUCCUGCUGGUCAUUCUGUCAUGUGCGCUCUAUGGCGUCUAUCUGCCGUUGCUUGUCGUGGCUACCUACGUGCUAGCUCCGCUGCCAAACUGGAUUUGCAGCCGCUGUGCCAACCCCGAUGACUUUGUCGAGAGUUCCGGUAACGCCAUUUUGGAUCUGGGUCGCUUCUGCACUGGCUUCUUGGUCGUUAUGGGAAUUGCGUUGCCCGUCCUUCUCUAUCACUCGUCUUUGAUCAACGCUGCUGCUACAGCCAUGAGCAUUAUCGGAGGACUUCUGAUCUACGGGACUAUCAUCUCGUUCGGCAUGUUCUUCCAGGAGGACUCGGAGUUUUAG